AUGGGACUAUUGAAGGUGAUCGGGAAAGAAGGCACCGGGGAAGUAGAAUUCAAAUACCCAUGCGGGCUAGCGAUCGGCAAAGAAGAUGGCCGCCUACUGAUAGCCGACAGCGACAACAACAGAAUCCAAAUUCUAGAUGAGGAGUUGGUGUUUAUGAAACAUAUGUACUUUACACAGUUCAAGCAGAAAUGUUCCCCUUUCGGCGUGACGUCAUCAAACGGUAAAUAUUUCAUGACGGAUCGGGGGAACAGUCAGGUAAUUGUCAGUGACUAUGACGGGGACGUACUAGGGGUGUUUGGAAACGAUAGGUUUAAAGAUCCACGAGGAAUCUGCGUAAGUCCCUUCGACGGUCAACUUUACGUGGCCGAUUUUGAAAAAGACACUAUAGAAAUAUACACCAUAGAGGGCGUACACGUACGUUCACUCAGUUGGGAGUGUUUAGGGAGAGGCCAGCUCGAUGGGCCGUGCUGUUUGGACAUUGACGAAAAAGGAACUCUAUACGUGGCCGACCAUGAUAACCACUGCGUGCAAGUGUUCGACUCUCAAUACAGACACGUGCAUUCCAUCGGUGGCGGGGGUCAAUAUGCAGGUCAACUGUGUUACCCGAAGGGAGUGGUCGUGGAUACCCAGGGUAAUGUCUACGUCACCGAUGAAAAGAGUAUGGUACAGAAAUUCUAUGGUGGUACUGGUGAACUAAUACGUCGGCUCGAUAUCGGCAAUCUAAACUGGCCGUGCGGCAUCACUCUGACAGCGGACAACAGAGUCGUGGUGGCUGACAACAGUAACCAUUGUAUUAAAGUAUUCUCGCAAUAA